CAGAUUCUGUUCGAGUGGCACAGCGCCGAGACUGCAUGCAAAUUUACCCUGAGUGGCUGGAGAAAAUUGAUUCAGGCAAAAAGAUGUGGACAACUCUCAAACAAUUUCGAGCAAGUGGGAAGCAUGAAGAGUAUUACCUUCACAAGGAAUAUAGUCACAAAUUUUGCUCCAAACGCAGCGUUAUUGAGUUCAUACGAAAUGGAUCUGUGAAAGGGAAGCCGGUUCAGAAGAGAUCAUCUGAUACUACUACGAACAAUCUUCAGGAUUAUAGAUGGCCCACUAAAAGACAAAGGACGAAGGCGCAAACUUCAACUAGUUUGUCGACAGGAGCACGAACAACCACAACUUCUACAAAGCUUCCACAUGGUUUCAUCUAGUAUCAUGCGAAAAACAUUGAGACAAUCAAGAUUACAUGAGCAACCUAAAUUAUGUUAGUUGUUACCUGCUUUCAAAUGAAUGUGUCCUCUCAUAGUAUGCAUGUACUUCUGUUGUUGAGGAAUUUAUAUCAUUAGACAGUUCUAUUAUUCAUAAUUAUUGAUUAA